AUGCCUACUGUCCCUGUGCCUACCAACUCCACUGCCACCUCCCCACUUCCAUACAAUGUCCAGUCGCAAACCCCGCCUCGGAAGACCUCUGGAGCCUUCACCCCCUUGGGUGGAUCUUUCGGUCCUGGGGGGGGUGGAGGCUCCGGGGUGGAAGUAGUGGAAGGGAUAGGGGGAGGUUACGUCGACACUUUACCCGCGGAUAGACAAUUAUUUGUUCUCUGUGAUCCGGUAGCUUUUCGCUACUUGGAAGAGGAGACUUGCACUACCGUUGUUCAUCGUCACCGCACGCUUCCCGGCCACGAGGUUUACUUUGUCGAACAAUGGGCUUGCUCCCGUAUUCACCCUACCUUUGUCAUCUCUACCUAUACUGGGGAUCCAAACCAUGUUAUUACAAUCGGCGUUCUCAAUAUACCUCGUGAUGAGGCCCAGUGGUCGCCGCGGUUACGCGUAUAUUUCAGAGCUGUCACAAAGUUCCAUGCCCGACCAAAGGAAACCCCGUAUGGGAAGCUUAUGGUGACGAACCUAUCAACAUUUCCGAGCGCGUUAACCGUCAUUCCGGUCCCCGAUGGAGAUGCGAGGCUGCAUAGGGAAGACUUUAUUGUCAAUGAAGAUUUGAAGAGAAUGGGAUGCUCGGGGAGGUCCGCCUUGAGCUUGAGUAUGCCUGCGGACGCUAGUCAGACCAAAUUUCAUCAGCUUUAUAGAACCUCGGAUAAAAUUCCACUUUACACUUCUGUUAUGGAGCUUGUCCGGUUAUGCCAGAUUGCGUUGACUUUAUUUGAAAAAUUGAAGCCGGAGUAUGCGGAUGGGCUGCUGUGUGACAUCACCGAGAGAGGGAUAUAUGAUUGGUGGACAGAAUUUGGUACGGAGUUUUACAAUAUCGAGCCGAGUGAUGGGACACUUGGACCCACGACGGUUGCCGCAUUACUGGGCAUGGUACUAGGUGCGAGGAAUAGACUUUCAUCUUUCGGUGCUCCGGUACCCAAAGAUGCUUUUGAUUUGCCACAGUUAAAGAAGGCGAUAUAUCAUUUCCAACGACAGCAAAGGAUACCCAGGACUAGGAGACUAGAUAGGGAGACUAUGGAUAAACUACAGAAAGCUGCUAUGAAGAAUGGGAGUGGGGCAUCAUCAGGAGACAUCUUUGCCGUCCCGAGGGCUAUUAAAAGUACUGUCGUUGACCUUGGUGGAAGGGCUGUUGGUAGCAGUUCUGCGAAAGUAGAGGGGACCAGCGUCGAAACGGUAGACAUAGAGAAGUUUGCUUCGCACUUGAGUGGCGAGCGAUGCAAAUACCUCUGGCGAGGGAAGCCGCGAAAGAGCCAAUCUGCUACUGGAGGUGGGGUUGGCGGGAGUGCAGGCACUCAGACUCCGCCCGCAGCAGUUAGCAUGAGCAGAAGAAAUAGCGUUGGUGGAGGGAGCAUUAGCGAAAAUGAGGGCAUGAUUCGACAUUCCGGAGAAUUUACUGCUACUGGCUACCAUGUAGUGAGCAAUCCGACAAAUAGCUCGCUUGGUAGCAGUGGUGGGGGUUCUGUGACAAGCCCUGGGCUAAAGGAAAAAGAGAGUGAGGGGAGAGACGUUUCAGACUUGAGAAAGACUGUUUUUAAGGGUAUGUCCGGACGGAUGAAGGGCAUGAAAGAUGUUGCUUCAGCUGGUGCCGAUUAUGUUAGGGGGCGUGGGCAUCACGGACGAUCAUAUGCAAAGGAUUUCGGCGUCUACGAAGAUUCAACGGAACAUACUGGGACAACAACACCUCUAUCUGGCCUCAAGGAAUCAGAGCGGAAUGAGAGGGAGCACAAAGGACCGAGCGAGCAUCCUGUCACCUCGUUCUUAAAGUUACCUUUUCAUACCGAUAGCCCUGCCGGUAGUACUGGGAAUAUCAACUUCUUGAGCGUCGUGUCAGGGGAUGGCGGUGUUGCAACCGGAAAUCACAGCGCCGCGGCGAGCGUGUAUAGAGAAGUAAUGGAUGCUGAGGGGGAUGACGAUGGGGAGGAAUUUGUGGACGCAAACUUGCCGGGACGUCAAUGGAUAGAUUACGACGAAGGUAGGAUACUAGAGUGUGGGAGAAAGAGAAACAAGAGCUUUUCCGAGUAUCUGAAGAAGUGCCACGAAGUCAGGCACGAGGAAUAUUGGCCAAGAAGGCUGAGUUUCUCAGUCGCAGAGGAGGCGGUAUUAGAUAUUGGGCUGCUGCCUUCUCUCGAUGACGACGUACAGGACGAAAGCGAUUUGACGCUAGAUACCCUCUCUCGUCAUGCUCUGAACCUCCAAACCUUACUUGCGGACGACCGUAUUUCAGAAUGGACAGAUCGUAGGUUGACUACGCUUGAGAACAUCUUUGCUUAUCUGGACUCUGGUGCCGGCAGGCUCGAGGGUGACUUACGUCGGGGAUCAGAGGUGGUAAACUCAAUGGGAGAGGCAACAAGGGAUAUGAUUGAUCGCCAAACAAUGGACCUGAAGGCGGCGGUGAGAGAGGUAGAAGCCUUAGGCGCCAGACUGCAAUAUGAAUUGGGCAGCGUGCGAGGCCAAAUGGCAGAUGUGGAGGAUGCAGUGGAUGGCUUCGGAAGAAAUGUCGAGGAAGUUGAGGAGAGAGCCUUAGGGCUCGGGGAGGCUAUCGAGCGGGGUUGGGGGGAAUGGUUACUUGCGGUUGUGUUUGGGAUCAGGAGGAGGUAGCUGAAGGAAACAUAGAAUUUUCUUUUGUGUGAUAUGAGGAGUCGAUUGUUCUCCAGGCGCGGUGGGAGUUUCUGUUUUUGUCGCAUUUUUGUACUGAUACAUUUAUUAAUAACUUGAAAGGGGGGUGGGGGAGAUGGUUGUGGCGGUAGAAAACG